AUGAGGCCUGGUGCAAAGUUGUAUGGCUUUCAUCAUGAACAGCCAAAGAAGGUGAUCAAUGGUCCUCGUCCUUCCCCUUUGGUUAUCAACAAAGAUUCCCACAUGAUACGCAAGCCUUCAACAUGUGUUGAUGCACAAACCAAACUCCAGAGGCCACAGAGGAUUAAUCCCAUCAUCAUUUACACUGAAUCACCCAAGGUUAUCCAUUCGAAGGCUAAAGAUUUCAUGGCUCUUGUUCAAAGACUCACGGGUAGAUCAAGCACCAGUGAUAACGUGACCACUGCUUCACUUCCUCAAGAGACCUCUGAGAAUAUCGGUUCAUCUUUGUCUGAUGGUUCCAACAACAAUAGUAAUGAAACAAGUUCAGCUCUUAGGAGGGGUGGUGAGAAUUUGAUAGAGAGUGGUGCAGUUGUUCAACAAAGUCCUUCUUAUCUGGAUUUUGCUGAUGUGCCACUUUUCACUCCAAAUCCCUCAGAUUUCUUUUACUCAUCUCGAUCAUCAGUGUAUAAAUAUUCUGACUCCCCAUAUGGGGUUUUGGGAAGUUUGAUAUCCCCUUCCGCGUUGGAAUUCAUGAAAGAACUGUCUGAAUAUUGA